UCUCUUACACAACCCUGUCUUUUCUUCAUUCUGCCUACAUCUUCUCGCCGGUGUGUGGUAACCCUAACUCUACGCGCUUGUCAUUUUAAUAUUUUUUAAUUUCAAAUAACACAGAAGAAAUGAGUGGGGACCAUUCCCACAACGAGGAUCAGAUUGACUGUGGUUCCCGGGUCAAUGACUCCCACAAGCAUAAAGACAAGUACAAAGAGAAGGAACAUAAACAUAAGGACCACAAGAAGGAUAAGGAACGUGAAAAGUCUAAACAUGGCAACAGUGACUACAAGGACUCUGAGAAAAAACACAGAGACAAGGAGAAGAUGAAGCACAAAGAUGGCAGCACAGACAAAUACAAAGAAAAGCACAAGGAGAAGAGGAAAGAGGAGAAGAUCAGGUCUCUCGAUGGUAAAGUCAAAAAGGAAAGAGAGAAUGGAUUUGCCAGUCCACAUGUGAAGUCUGAGCCCGAUGAGGAUUUUUACCACUCUCCCAAACUUGAAAAGUCUCUAAAAAGAGAACGAGAUGAUGAUUAUGAGUCUGAGUACAAGCCUAAGAAAAUAAAGACUGAAAAUGACAAAAAGGUUAAGAAAAGGAAACCAGACGAUGAGGACAUUAAGUCCAAAAAAACAAAAAACAAAAAAGGAGAAGUAACCGAUGGAAAAAAGAAAGCAAAGAAAGAACCAGAGGAGAAGUGGAAAUGGUGGGAAGAGGAGAGAUACACAGACGGUGUGAAAUGGAAAUUCCUUGAACACAAAGGGCCUGUGUUUGCGCCACCCUAUGAGCCCCUUCCUAGCAAUGUAAAAUUUUAUUAUGAUGGUAAACCUAUGAAGCUCAGCCCAGGGGCCGAAGAGGUGGCAACGUUCUUUGGCAAAAUGCUGGACCAUGAGUACACCACAAAGGACAUCUUUCGCAAAAACUUCUUUAAAGACUGGAGAAAGGAAAUGACUUCAGAAGAAAAGGCAAAAAUCACAGACUUGAAGAAGUGCAACUUCACUGAGAUGAACGAGUACUUCAAGGCACAGUCAGAAGCCAGGAAAGCCAUGUCAAAAGAGGAGAAACAGAAAAUAAAAGAAGAGAACGAGCGGGUGUUGCAGGAGUAUGGCUUCUGUAUAAUGGACAACCACAAAGAACGUAUCGCUAACUUCCGUAUUGAGCCUCCAGGCCUGUUUCGUGGUCGUGGAGACCAUCCAAAAAUGGGCAUGCUGAAGCGUCGCAUUAGGCCUGAAGAUAUCAUCAUCAACUGCAGCAAGGACUCAAAGUGCCCUCCGCCUCCUCCAGGCACCAAAUGGAAAGAAGUUCGCCAUGACAACAAGGUGACUUGGCUGGUUUCAUGGACGGAGAACAUUCAAGGCUCCAUCAAAUACAUUAUGCUGAACCCCAGUUCUAGAAUCAAGGGAGAGAAGGACUGGCAGAAAUAUGAAACUGCUCGUCGUCUGAAGAAAUGUGUAGACCGUAUCAGAGCACAGUAUCGUGAAGACUGGAAGUCCAAGGAGAUGCGGAUCAGACAACGAGCUGUGGCACUCUAUUUCAUUGACAAGCUGGCUCUGAGAGCAGGUAAUGAGAAGGAAGAAGGCGAGACUGCAGACACAGUAGGCUGCUGCUCGCUGAGAGUUGAACACAUCAAACUCUAUCCGGAAAAUGAUGGUCAAGAGUACGUGGUAGAGUUCGACUUCCUGGGUAAAGACUCAAUUCGCUACUACAACAAAGUCCCUGUGGAGAAAAGGGUGUUUAAGAAUCUUCAGUUAUUCAUGGAGAACAAAGAACCGGAUGAUGACCUGUUUGAUCGUCUAAACACUUCUAUUUUGAACAAGCAUCUUCAAGAGCUGAUGGACGGUCUGACAGCCAAAGUUUUCCGUACAUACAACGCCUCAAUCACCCUCCAGCAACAAUUAAAAGAGCUCACAACAGCGGAUGAAAACGUUCCAGCCAAGAUCCUGUCUUACAACAGGGCCAAUAGAGCUGUGGCCAUCCUGUGUAACCACCAGAGGGCGCCACCCAAGACAUUUGAGAAGUCUAUGCAAAACCUGCAGACAAAGAUUGACGCCAAGAAGGAACAGCUUGCCGAUGCCAAGAGAGAACUGAAGAGCGCCAAGGCUGAUGUCAAAGUACGGAAAGAUGAAAAAUCCAAGAAGGCUGCAGACGCCAAGAAGAAAGCCGUUAUGAGGAUAGAGGAGCAGCUGAUGAAGCUGGAAGUACAGGCGACCGAUCGCGAGGAGAACAAACAGAUCGCCCUCGGCACUUCCAAACUCAAUUAUCUGGACCCUCGCAUUUCUGUGGCUUGGUGUAAGAAGUGGGGUAUUCCCGUUGAGAAGAUCUACAACAAAACCCAGCGUGAGAAGUUUGCCUGGGCCAUCGACAUGGCUGAUGAAGACUAUGAAUUUUAAAUCCCAGCUUGUUGUUUUAACUCUGACAAACUUUUUUCCUAUUGGAUACUUGUUUUUUUGUUUUUUUUUUUUAGCUUAUGAGUUUUGCUCAACGGCCAGACCCGACCAGGAAUUUUAAAGUUUGUGCAGGAAAAGAUGGAAGCAUUUUGGUAAAAUGAGACGCCGUGUUGUGGCGAUCAGGUAACGGGGCUGAGGUUUGUCCACAGCUGAGGCGUAGUCCCUGUAAUUCAAAGACUCCUUGACCUUGUAGUGUCGGCCCCUCUGCAGGGACUAAACCUGACCUCAGACCUGAGCUUCGAACUCGGUGGCCCUUUAGCUUCGUUAUCAAGCAAAAACAGAAAAAAAAAAGCUUUGUACCAUCUUAGAUUCUUUGUUCAGCCACUCUGUAUUUUAGCUCUCCCAUGUAUUAUUAAUGAAUUCUAUAUUUUCAUAGACAAAGUAAAAUCAGAAGAAAUCCUUAACUACACCCACGCGCCUUUCAGAGAAAUGGAAAUGUGAGCGUUUGUGUGUGUGCGUGUGUGCGUGUAUCAGAGGCUCGACGUGGAAGCUGUCUGAAUAUUUUAAACUGGACUAUGUGGAAUUGAUGGGCAUGAAAGAGGACGGGGAAAAUCGUGCGACCAUGUCAAUAUUUCCUUAAGCAAGCAGAAUGUGAAUAUUUUGUUUUACAGCCUCUAUCAGGGACUUCUUUAUUUCAGUGUAAAUGUGAACCAAUCAUUUUUAUCUCUCAGCAUAGCCCUGUCUACAUCUGAUUUUAAGGUAAUUUAACUCCCAUAUCUGUUACUUGAACAUAAUGUUAUAAUGUAUUUAAAGUCGGUUAAAGGAAAGUAUUUUACCUCCUUGUGGGGAUGUGAGGGAUUUCAACUUUGCCAAAAAUUGAAAAAAGAAAUCACCAAACUGUUACAGGCAGGUUUUUAAUUGUGUAAUGAUUGAGGAUAAAGUCAUGUAACAUUUAAUGUGAAUUAUCAGUUAAUUUUAUUCCACCUUGUUCCACUUCAAUAGGAAAGUUGAUGUAAGUAGCUGUAAAGUCAACGUCCUAUUCCUGUUUUACCUUUUUUGUCAUAGCCUUUGAUUAUGUCUGAGUUUUAAGCUCAUUGUAGGUUGGAAAUAUUAAUAAAUCCCUACAGGUGAA